AUGUCGCAGUCCCGGCGCCUGCUAUCUCAGGCAGGCUCUAUGCUUAUUGCCCUGUCUGCCGGGAGCACAUACGUGUUUAGCUCGUAUGCGCCGCAGCUCCAAGAAGCGUUGCACUUGACCAGUACGCAGCUUAAUGUCUUGGGCCUAGCUGGCAAUCUCGGUAUUUACAUGUCUGGCCCACUGUGGGGCCGAUGGAUUGAUGCGUCCGGUCCGUACGGUGCCGUCCUCAGCGGAGCCAUCCUGGUGCUCACAGGCUACGGCAUGCUCUCGCGUGCGUACAAGUACGAGUGGGCGAAUGUGCCAGUGAUCGUUAUUGCCUUUUUCUGCCUGCUCACAGGUCUCGGCAACUCGGCAGGGAACAAUGCAGCGAUCAAUGUCCAGGCGAAGAGCUGGGAUGAUGACCGGCGUGGAACGGCGAUGGCCUUGGUCCUGGCGGCGUUUGGACUGAGCGCGUUUGUCUACUCCACGCUCUCGCACGUCUUCUUUUCGGGAAAUGUGACGGGCUACCUCGACACCCUCGCGCUGGGCAGCUUCACCUGUUUCCUCGUCGGCAUGGCGCUCAUUAAGGUCAUUCCGCCUACGCAGUCUUCGCUGCCGGCGCCUGCGACGACGUAUCAAAGCAUUCCGACGUCCGAGGAUACAAUACCUGUAAAGCCGCCGCAUCUCGGCCGUCGGUCGUCCCAUACGCUGUCGUCGUCCGAGACGAGUGCGCGCGUUAUCGACUGGAUCCAGUCUGUGCACCACUCUGAGGAACAAACUGCGUGUCAGGACGAGACGACUGCCGGCCCGUCGUCUGGCCACGACGAGUCCGCCAACGCGACGACGCCUGCGAAGGACAUUCACAUCACAGGCUGGGACUUGGUGUACGAAGUGGACUUUUGGCUGCUGUUCCUUAUUAUGGGACUUGUGAGUGGAUCAGGCCUGCUAUUGAUCAACAAUGUCGGUACGAUUACGCAGGUACUCUACGACUAUGCAAGUCGGAACGAAGUCACUACGUCCUCGUUGUUGACAGAGACCUUGAUCAAGAAAAGCCGCGCUGAACUGAUUCAGCGGACGCAGGCCCUGCAAGUGUCGUGUAUCAGUAUCGGCAAUGCCGUCGGUCGUGUGCUGAUUGGUGUCAUUUCCGACACGGUCGUGAGGAAGACCGAGUCGCCGGCGCACCGUACCUAUCUGCUCUUGCCGGUCGUCCUGCUGGCCAUCUUCUCGCAGGGCCUCGCAGCAUGGCCCGAUAUGAUCAACAAUGUUCACCGCCUGCUGUACAUUUCGUGCCUGACUGGCCUUAUGUAUGGCACCUUGUUUGGUCUGUUCCCCGUGUUGGUCUUUGAAUGGUUCGGUAUGCGCUCGUUCAGUCAGAAUUGGGGCUGGAUGAGCUUUGCGCCGGUGAUUUUUGGGAAUAUCUACAAUCUGAUGUUUGGCCAUGUCUACGAUGCCAAUGUGGCCAAGGGGAACCAUGUGCACAAGUGCACCGCCGGCGAAGACUGUUACCGCUCUGUGUUUGAGCUGACCACGGUGGGAUGCCUUGUAGCCUUGGGCGUCUCGCUGGUCAUCCUCACAAGACGGAUCCCUACGUUCCGUCGAUGGGUCGAGAAGGUGCGUGGUCGUGGUUUAGCUAUUGAAUAG